AUGGCAGCCCUUCCCUCCAACGGGGCCAUGGCUACGACCGGUGAUGCCACUGAAGAGUCCGAAGUGCUGCCCAAGAUCCACGACGCUCUCAACCUGAUAUACAGCCCUCACUCGAGCAACCAGUCCCGCCGAGAAGCACAGGAGUUUCUUGAGGGCAUCAAGGGUCUUGACCAGUCUCCAUCCGUUGGUUUUAAUCUGGCCCAGGUCAAGGGCAAGGAGCCCAUCAUCCGACACUAUGGCCUCUCGCUUCUUGAACAUGCUAUAAAACACAAAUGGGGGGAUUACUCGGGAGAGCAGCUUGGAUACUUACGAGGGUGGGUGCUUCAGCUAGCCGAAAAUGUCAGCCGGGACGACCCGCUCUAUAUCCGCAACAAGGUAGCACAGCUUUGGGUCGAAAUAGCAAAGCGGUGCUGGGGCCCGGACUGGGCCGAGAUGGAUGAGCUGCUAAUGGCGAUGUGGAAUAUACCCGGCCCGACUGCUCACAAGGAGCUCGUGCUCUUCAUACUCGAAUCUUUGUCGGAUGAGAUAUUCGGUGUUUCGGGCGACGAUCCCACGGUCGCUAUGCGUGAGGCGACUUUAUCCAAGAUUUGUGUUGAUAUUUUCACACCGCUGUCGGUGCUGUCUGAGCAGUUUCCGUCACGCUCCAGCGUCAGUAAUAUCAGGGCCGGUGAAGAUGGUUGGAUCAUACGCGUGUCACGCUUGCUCGGGGAUUGCUUGGCUGGAGACGUACAGAACAACGAUGAUAUCCGGACUUGCGCUAUAAAGUCGCUUUCGGUGCUACACUCAGUCAUUCCAUGGGCCAUACCACAAGCCUUGGCGAGCUCGGGCUGUGUUGGGCUUAUGUGUAAUGGCCUUGCCGCAUCUCACGUUGCGGUUCAGAAGGCUGCUCUCGAGGCAAUACACGCUCUAUACGGCAGAAACAACUUUGUUGACGAUGAUUUUGUGAACCUGGUCGUACCCAUGUACGAUCCAAAGUUCGUGGAGCUAGGCAGAAGGUUGUUUGAGUGGUCCUCUGCCAUUGAUCCGGACGAUAUCGAUGACGACAAAUAUCAGUUUGCCAAAAAGUUCUCAGAAAUGGUCUCUUCUCUUGGCAACUACCUCGAUAGAAGGAUGGAAUGUCUCCCGUCAGGUAUCGAGCUUCAAGGGUUCUUCGAAUUUUUGCUGUUGAUCCUCCAGAGUCAGAGCCUGGUUGUUUCGAUACCAGUUCUUGUAACAUGGACACGGCUAUUGCAUAAUCCUGAUUUCGGGGCUUCGAUAGGCGAGACUGCUCUUGUUGGCCACCUGCUUGAGGUUUGCAGCUCGCGGCUUGUGCAGUACGAGCACCUGCCAGAGGAUACGAGAGACGCAACAUAUACGUUUCUUAUGGAAGACACCGACACAAUUCCUGAAAGACAUGCUUUCCUGGGCAACUACCGUCGGUACUGCUCGCAAGUUAUUGAGAGUAUUGUGCAACUGAAGCUCGUGGAUGCUCUUCAGCACAUCCUUGGACAGGCUGAUGAAGUACUUGAUCGUUUGUAUAACGGCAAGGCGCCUCUGGAUCCUUCGAGUUACAACAAGAACUCGAUGGAAGCCCUGACCAUCGAUGCUCGUUUUACUGUCAUUGAGUCGGCUCUGAAAGGAUAUGUCAAAUGGCGACAGAGCAUGGACUUUACCAUACCAGAAAACCUACAACGGAAAACUUCUCUAGAGGAGAGCUUCGAAGGAUGGUGUAAUCGUCUGCUUAAAAGGGAAUUCGAGGAUCCGAUGAUCCGAAAACGGAUACUCCAGCUCUUGGUCGCCUUCUCUACAACUGCCCUUGACAGAAACUCGGAAUUCAUGCUCAAGGUACUGGAGCAUAUUCUUGUCACAUGGCCAAACCCUCAACCAGAGUACCGGCUCUUCAACGAAUCGGUUAAGGAUCUUCAAUCAGAAAGCAUGGUGGAGCUUCAACGCCUGGCGUCAAAGAUGCCCGACAAGCUUCUUGAGGUCUACAGCCAUAUCGAGGCCAAAGUCAAGGAGAUGAUAUCCUCGGGCACGCUCGACGACAAGAGGCAGCUCGCUUAUCAGUCUUUUCUUUUCAUCAUCAUUCAUCGCGCGUCCGAGAUUGACCAAGAAUCGAGGAUCAUGCGCCUGCAGCCAUUUAUCAACCCGGUGCUGGCUCAGUGGAGUAAUCCAGCACUGGGUCAGGCUCUGUCAUCCUACAGCAACUUUUGCGAGGCGAUGGCCCUGGACAAGGCUCAGAGAUAUUUGGCAAGCAAAGAGGUUCACAAGAUAGCAGACUGGGGUGCCGUGCCACUGGACGCAGAGGGAUUGGCUCUUCAGGCUGAGCUGGAAGAGCGGCAAACGAUGCUACCACUCCGACCAACCAAAACUUUCCUCACUUACUCGGUAGAAAAGCUCGACAAGGGGUCCGCACCACAUGCCCACGCUUGCCAUAACCACAGCAACUGGGUAAACCUACCCCAGGAAAUGAAAUCUAUCGUAGGCCGCGUGCUAGCCGACAGGUUCUGGCAAGCAGGCAUCUCGGAAGGAAGCAAGGAUGAAUUUUAUGCCAGGGUUGUUGACAAAAAGGGAACGCUCGAAGGACUCGCGUCAACUAUCCGUGGCGCCGUCAGGGUGGUGCGCGACACUUGCUACGCGAUUCUCUUCUGCAUGAGCCGCCUAGACCUUCAGUUCUACGGGUUCGAUGAGCUACCGGGUCCACUUUCGCUCGCGCUCUUCGCCGACUCUGUCUGUUUGUCGUCGCAUCAGAUCAUCAACCUGCUGAAUCUGGUCAGGUAUCUUGUCGAUCACUGUCCGGUACAGCUGCGGGAGCACUUUCUACCACCGCUGCUUGCAGCAUGCUUCCAGCAAAUUGACAACAAGAUCAACACAGAGUGGGAGAAACUCGGCUUCCAGUCCGAGGUACAAGCAGCUGGGGAGGCCCUAACUGAGGAGAUGAAGAACGAGAGUAUUUUGAGGCAGUUGACAUACACUGCAGUUGUCAUGGUUGCCGAUUUUCUGGACCCUCACAGAAUAAACUCUGAUGCGUACGGGGCACCCCUGGCAAAUCCAAACCAGCAUCCAGCAUUGCGAAAGUUCUGCUUGAUGCAUUCGGUUAUAGUUGAGCCUCUACUGUUGUUUUGCGCGCACGGCAUUCGUAUGCGCGAUACAAGAUGUUGCGGGGUUGUGCUGCGCGUCUUCCGAUAUAUCAUACCUGAGUUUUCAGUGUCUCCAGAUCGCGGGACCCAGGAAAGCAACGACGACGGAAAGACCCCGGCAGCGCCGACUAGGGGACUUGUUCCUGACGACUUCCCAAUCCCGCAGGAAACGGCACGCGCGAUUCGUGAGUUCAUCUCUUCAGAAGUUCUUGUAGCAUGCAUCACUUCGAUGCACGAACCCUACUUUGUGGACCUCCAGCGCGAACUGGCAAUGUUGAUUGCAACAAUCCUGGCGCAUUACUGCCCCCUCACGUCAACUCCUCGGGGUAUUCUGCUCUCUUUGCCAGGGCUCAAAGAGUCUGAUGUCGAUCACGCUAUUCGGUACAUAACUCGAUCCGGGACAAACGUGAGGCAGCAGCGCGGAAUGGUACUCGACCUGUUCAAGGAUCUCAAGGGUGUCAGUGUAUCGGAACAAGGGAAGCUCCAGAGGGUCGACCGUGGAAAUGAAAGUAAGAAGUCGGGACGGAGCAAAAUGGCCCAAGAGUUCAUGACAGCUCCUACGCAGGACCACAUGGGAGGGCGGACGAAGACGCCUGACUUGGAAGGCGUUGCCAACCUGUUUGACGGACAAUAG